AUGACGCAAGCCAUUUCCUUCCGUUUCUCUAGCCCGCGUCUGCCUACUCAAUUAGACUUCGUGGGGAAGUGGCUUCCUUCCUACAUCACUGGAGACGGUGUUGAUCAACAUGUGAUCGAGAUUCGUAGCAAGCUUCAUUCAUAUACUCAAAGGAACUUGGAUGAGAAUGUUCUCCAUAUGUUUGAGAACACUGUUGUUUUGGGUCCUCACUGGUUUGGCAACGUCCCUGAAGAAAUGGCUAAGCUAUUUAAGGAAGACAUUGGGGCUCCUUUGUGCUACCAGAGUUCUUCUCCUCUGGCCUCCCAUACCUAG